AUGUUCAUAGUCAACCUUUUAACAAUAAUUGUUCCCAUCCUCCUGGCCGUAGCCUUUCUAACCCUUAUUGAACGAAAAGUAUUAGGGUACAUACAACUCCGCAAAGGACCUAACGUAGUAGGCCCUUAUGGUCUACUACAACCCAUAGCCGACGCCCUAAAACUAUUUAUUAAAGAACCAUUACGUCCCCUCACAUCCUCCCCAUCCAUAUUCAUCAUCGCACCAAUCUUAGCCCUUACUCUAGCCCUAACAAUAUGAAUCCCACUGCCAAUACCUCACCCACUAAUCAACAUAAACCUAGCCGUACUAUUUAUGCUAGCCAUAUCCAGCCUAGCCGUAUAUUCUAUCCUAUGAUCUGGCUGAGCCUCAAACUCGAAGUACGCACUAAUCGGAGCAAUACGAGCGGUAGCACAGACAAUUUCCUAUGAAGUUACACUGGCUAUCAUUCUUCUAUCCGUGCUACUUCUAAGCGGGUCAUUCUCACUAUCAACACUGAUUAUUACCCAAGAACACACAUGACUCAUAUUAUCCUCAUGACCACUAGCCAUAAUAUGAUUUAUCUCCACGUUGGCCGAAACAAAUCGAGCCCCAUUUGACUUGACCGAAGGAGAGUCAGAGCUAGUCUCCGGAUUCAACGUAGAAUAUGCAGGAGGACCAUUCGCCCUCUUCUUCAUAGCGGAGUAUGCCAAUAUCAUCAUAAUAAACACCCUAACGGCCAUCCUAUUUAUGGGAGCAUUCCACGACCCCACAAUACCUGAACUAUAUACCCUCAACCUAAUUAUUAAAACCCUGCUACUAACAGUGUUUUUCCUAUGAAUCCGAGCAUCCUACCCACGAUUCCGAUAUGACCAACUAAUACACUUACUAUGAAAAAAUUUUCUACCCCUCACACUGGCUCUGUGCAUAUGACACGUGGCCAUACCAAUUACCAUAGCAGGAAUUCCACCACAAACAUA